UUAAUUAAUUAAUUAUUAACUUCCGCAUCGAGUGUGAGAUCUUUGCCCAAAACAAAAUUCGCAGAACUCAGAGAUCUCCGAGCAUCAAAAUCGACGGAAAUGGAGUAUAGAAAAAUCAAAGACGAGGAUGAUGAUGGAGGUGGCCGUGAUGCCAAUGACUUGGAGAGCUUGAGAGGCAAACCUCUUUCAGCUAUUAGCAAUGUGGCUUCAAGCUCUGGUGAACGGUCCAAAUGGAAGCGCAAGUCAAUGGUUACACUUGCACUAACUGUUCUUACGAGUUCACAAGCGAUAUUGAUUGUGUGGUCUAAGAGAGCUGGAAAGUAUGAGUAUAGUGUUACAACUGCUAAUUUUUUGGUUGAAACUUUGAAAUGCGCAUUAUCACUUGCUGCCUUGGCGAGAAUUUGGAAUAGUGAGGGUGUCACUGAAGAUAACAGGUUGAGUACAACUUUGGAUGAAGUUAUUGUUUACCCGAUUCCUGCCGUACUUUACCUUGUCAAGAAUUUGCUCCAGUAUUACAUCUUUGCCUAUGUGGAUGCACCGGGUUACCAAAUACUGAAGAACCUGAAUAUUAUCAGCACUGGCGUUCUAUACCGAAUCAUACUUAAAAAAAAGCUUAGUGAGAUUCAGUGGGCAGCUUUCAUUCUACUAUGUUGUGGGUGCACCACAGCACAACUGAACUCUAAUUCGGAUCAUGUCCUUCAAACACCUUUUCAAGGUUGGAUGAUGGCCAUUGUAAUGGCACUUUUAAGCGGUUUUGCUGGAGUGUAUACUGAGGCUAUAAUUAAAAAGCGACCUUCAAGAAAUAUAAAUGUGCAAAAUUUCUGGUUGUAUGUCUUUGGGAUGGCCUUCAAUGCUGUUGCCAUAGUGAUUCAAGAUUUUGACGCAGUCAUGAACAAGGGGUUCUUUCAUGGAUACUCAUUAAUAACCGUUCUCAUGAUUCUUAACCAUGCCCUCAGUGGGAUUGCUGUCUCCAUGGUAAUGAAAUAUGCAGACAAUAUUGUGAAGGUGUAUUCUACGUCAGUGGCAAUGCUUCUCACAGCAGUUGUUUCUGUGUUCCUCUUUCGUUUUCAUCUUUCCCUUGCCUUUUUUCUAGGUGCUACUGUUGUUUCUGUGUCGGUAUACUUGCACUCUGCCGGAAAGCUGCAAAGAUAGUGGUAACUUCCUCUUGCUGCAGAAUUAUGGCAUUAACAGAAAGGCUCAUGUCCUGUGAAUUUUUGUUCCUUUUCCUUUUCCAAUUCAUUAUUCUCAUAAUCAUCCACAUAUAAAGUUGAAAAAAAGCCAAUUCAUUGUCUGUAAUAUUUGUUACAAUUAGUUCAACAACUUCCGAGUUUGAUGUGGAUAUGUAGAUAAUUGUAUGAGUGGGAAGAUGCGAUGGAUUUAAGCUGUAAAAUCUUGAUACUUUAUUUCAUGAGUUUUUUAUAGGAAUAUUUAA